AUGAUGCAAAGGGAUCCAAAGCAUAUACUUGCACACAUGGGUUUUAAACAAAAAUACUGCCAAAAAGUUCUGCCGCCUCAAUUAUCCAAAUGUGGCGUCCUUUCUCGCCCUCUCAAUGAAAGCCAUGAUAUCAUUACAACAUUUCAAAUGAGUUCUCUCUGUCAUCACCUCCAUCGUUCCCCAUUGUUGGAUGAUUGGCAGGGAAAAAUCAAAACAACAAGUGACUCCUCAAAUGCUCGUUUCCAGACUCUAACCCUAUCACAACCUGUGCUGUGUAGACAUAUGUUGGACAUAGCGAUCCUAAUAACAGUUUACUGCUCACUAGUUGUUUAUUUUGUCCAUAGCUCAACAAAAGGGGCUGUGCACAUAUGGAACCUGAACACAAGAAGGCCUGAGAAAGUUCUAGAAGGCCACGGGGGCUCCUCCGUCAUCUGGGUGAACACUCUGAGCAGAGAAACUGUCCUCAGUCAGGGCAGGGACAUGCGCGUGUGCCUGUGGCCGCUAUCUGAAGGCCGUGGCGGUGAGGUCUGCGACUCCCUCUACACGGGCAGUGUGGGUUUCUGCCAGUGUUCUCUGCUGAGCAGGGGGCCCAGCAGCAGUCUGCUGGCAUACGCCUCGGAGCAGAUGGAGGAGGUGAAGGUCAUGGAGUUACCGAGCAAUGUGCCAGUUUGCUCUCUGAAACCUGACAAGAAGCUGGGCAUGGUCAUGUGCCUGAAGAUAUGGCAGCCAGAUGCCGGCGAGGGUCCUCUACUGGUGGCGGGUUAUGAGGACGGCUCGGUCCUGCUGUGGGACGUGACCCAGGGGCGUCCCCUCAGCAGCCUGAGCGCCCACCCGGAGCCCGUCAUGUGCCUGGACUUUGACCCCGGUCGGCAGCGUGGCGUCUCGGGCUCUGCCGAGAACACCAUCCGCUCCUGGGCGCUGGAUGGCCAACAGAACCUACAGCAGCAGGAGUCCGUGGAGCUGCUCAACCCCGGCAUCUCUCAGCUGCAGGUCCGUGGGGACGGUAAGAUCCUGGCCGCUGCCGGCUGGGACCACCGGAUCCGUGUGUUUGGCUGGAAGAGGCUGAAACCCCUCGCUGUGCUCAAGUGCCACACGGACAUGAUGCUAAGUGUGACCUUCUCUGACCAUGCUGACCCCACAAAGAGACUGAUGGCAGCAGGCUCCAAAGACCAGCGCAUCAGCAUCUGGUCCAUAUACAACCAAAACUAGCCAAGUACAUCACAAGCAAAGUUCAUCAAUUUGCAUCAAUGAGACUAGCAGAGACCAUUACAGACAAAGCUCAUCAGUUUGCAUCAGUGAGACUAGCAGAGACCAUUACAGACAAAGCUCAUCAAUUUGCAUCAGUGAGUCUCCUUUGUUGUUGUUAACCAGCUUUACUACUUUUCGAAGCAUCGUUGUAAUUUUCCUUUUUUAUCAAUGACGGUACUCUUUUUUUUAUAGCUCAGACUGAAUAAUCUCUUGUUUUUGGACGCCAGAUGAAACACUCCCAUUCACUGAUUAUCACAGACCUCUCUGGGAACACGCUCCAGGGUCAUGUCAGCCAUCCAAGAAUAAGCACUAAAUACGUAAAAAUUAUACCUCUGUACUCUCCUGCAAUUUGCCGUGUUAAAAACAAACACUACGCUAGUGAAAAUGUUAUAUUUUAAUCUGACUGGUGCAAAGUAUUUCUCUUUUUUUUUCUCCUCCAGUCCCUCAUGCUGUUUGCUUUUCUGCUCCAAGAGUUGCUUUAGCAAGCUUGAAGUUGCACCUGAGUUCCAAGGGUAUUGCAGCGUUCCCAACCCCCCACUCCAGCCCAAAUCCAGCCAGUUUACCAUUGCCCUCAAGUCUGACCCAGCCUGCAUUCAUCACACAAGGUUAAUCACUGGUCUAUGGACAGCAGAGACAAGGCUGUUUGUUAGCAAGAUUCAUUGGAGGAGUUUACCUUUAGUUUUUCCUCCUGUUAGGUAGACAGUCUUUUCUGUGUUGUUGUUGUAGAAACAAGGCUGAGUUUCUAACUUGCGAUUCCUGCUGCAAAAAUGGUCAAAACAAAAGAUUUUUUACUUCAUCUGUUGUCUUCAGUGAUUAUUGACACAUCAUAGCUGUUUUCUUAACUUUUUGGAUGUUUAAAUGUAUUUACUUUCACUGUCCAAAACAGGAAUGGGAGGUGUAAAUUAAAACUUGACAAAAUAUAA